AUUUAGGAGGUAUUAAUCAUUAGCGUGUUCUGUUAAGCCAUCGGCAACUGAUACAUUCAGCAAUCUUGAGAGAGUCAUUCAAACCGUUCAGGGGAAGAACAGCGAGACAUUUUUAAAUCAAGAUGGUGAAAUUUAUCUUAAGUUUAGUCCGGCAUGGAGAAAGCAAAUACAAUCAACAGAAGUUAGUACAAGGUCAAACUAACUCACCCCUGUCGGAAGAUGGCGUCCUACAGGCGGAGAGCUUGAGCAAGCGUUUGUCGAAUGAGAAAAUAGAUUAUGUGUACACAAGCGAUCUUUUACGAGCCACGCAGACAACUGACAUCAUCCUCAAAUCAUUAAGGGCGCCCCCAUGUGAUGUGAUCGAGGAAGUUGGUUUGAGAGAGCGGAAUUUUGGAGACAAGGAAGGGAUCACGAUUUCAGAGUACAGAGCUUUCCUGCUUUCUGAAGGUUUUACAUUCCGAAGUCACGUGCCGAAAGGGGGCGAAUCUUUCCAAGUCGCGAGACAGCGAGUUGUCAAAGCCUUCCACGACAUCUGCAACAAGCAGCUCGAGCUCGAAAAAGACGCAACGACGUCGGCUGAUGGCAACCUCACCCACGUGCUCGUCGUGGGACACGGUCUCUUGUUCAAGGAGCUCCUGGCGUACUUCAUCGAGGAGCUCAACGUCGAGAUCCCAGGCGGCAAGGAACGGGUGAUGAAGGACAGCUCCAACAGUAGUCUGUCGCGAUUCGAGAUCGAGUGCGCCGCCAACGUCGCCCCGAAAAUCACCUGCCAGUUCAUUUACGAUGUCAGUCACCUUUCUGAAGACAUGCAAAAGGCAUUACCGAGCAAGGCCUAUUAAAAUAGAAGUGUCGUAGUCGAAUGGUUUAAGCACUUGACUUAAAAUUCGAAUCUCGUGGUUCGAUCGCCGACACGGCACGAAUGUAUUUUGGCAAGACGUUAAUCUACAUUUGCCACUCUCCACCCAAGAUGCGAAAGUUAAUGUGGUUGGAUGAACAAGUGGCGCUUGUAAAAUGACGACUGGCCGGAAUGCUCCCCAGGGAGGGGAGAAUGUGCAUACAUUGUGUGCUGGGUAAGCCUGAAUCCGAUGGCAGGGGUAAUAAUAAUGCGCAUUAUAAAUGUGAGCUAUUAUUAUUAUUAUUAAAUGUUAUCGACCUAAACUUAUAAGCAUUCGUCAAAUUUAUGGAAAAAUUCUGAAACAAAGAUUCUCAACAUACUUUUCCUUUGUUUUAACAUAGCCCUUAUACAUAAUUGUUAUUCUUUCUUUUUUAAAGCUGAUAAAUCAAGUUUCCGAGAAAAAAAAUAUAACUUUAUGUGGUUGUACCAUGGCAUUCUCAUGCUCUAGAAUGCACAUUACAAAUGUAAUUUAUGAUCGUCUGCACAUUGAGGCAUUUGUAUUUAGUAUUGCAUUUCAUUAUUUUUAAAGACAUUUUCUUCUAUCGUCAUACUAUAUCUGUCAUUUUUAAAAGUGUGUGAUCGGGAUAAUAAUAAUAUCAGCUCCAUAGUGA